UAAACAUUUUCUUUAUGUUUUAAAAUGAAAUUACUAAAAAUAUUUAUAUUUUCAGGUUGUUAUUUAUUAUCCUUUUAAGCAUGCUAAGCAUUAAUCUAUCAGAAAACUACAGGAGUCAUUCAAGAAUAAUGAUGCGACGGAUGAUUGGAGGCACUCCUGCUACAAAGGGUGAAGUACCAUUUAUAAUGGCUAUUUUCCGUAGAGGAUACUUUAAAGGAUCAUUUUCAUUGAUUACUACCAAAACAGCAGUUGGAGCUGCCCACGUCAUACAUCAGAUGCCAAAUGUAUUUACCACCCUUUGCCACGGUGUGCCCCGGAACAGCAAGAUGGCGCAAACAUCUCAUAUUCUUGCUAAUCAGCAUCGUGCUUCGCAUUGGGCUUGUGAGCUGGCGAUUUUAACGACGAUAAAAGAACAUGAACUUCAGAAUAAUUUCAUUGGUCGUACAUACAUACAAGAAAGAAAUCUCCCGUACACAAAGUGUUUAGCCGGCAGAAAAGAGAGUACGGGAAACGGAAGGAAAGAAGGAGGGAGCGAGGACUCGAGACAAGUUCAUUGGUCACAGACAUUUACGGAGCAGUUGGAGCCCAUCGUAAGUACACCAACAUUAUAUCCAGUAGCAGUAGCUGAUAGAAACCAAACAUAUAUUUCAGGACACGCCACCUUAGCAGGUUGGGGAAGGAUAGGAGAAAACUUAGCUUGCGAUGAUCUUCAAACAGCAGUUGUAACGCUUACAGAUCCAUCGCCAUGGCUGAAACGUUUUCAAUUUCCUUUAAAAGGAACUGAUAUCAUUUCGAGGGAUUCGGGAAUUAUAGCAAUGGAAGGUGAUUCCGGUUCUCCUUUGACACGCAAGGAUCAAUUUGGAAGGCAAAUUCUGAUUGGUGUAGUCAGCGCAAGGGACCAAUCUACGCGUGUCAUAGUUUACAUGUCGACUAGUUUUUAUUGCGAUUUUAUCAAAGAUAAUAGUGAGGGUGAAGUGACAUUUCUGUGAAUCGCAGAAUAAUUUAGUUGUGUUUUCAGUAUAACUUUUUUUCGAAAUGUUAUUUUAUGUAUUCACCAUAGGAACAGACUUUGACAUUAUUUUUCAAUCAAUAAUCAAUCACAUUCAGAAUUAAGUGCGCUUAGACUAAAUUAAUUCUUGAAAUAAAUUUAUAAUUAUUAUCAUACACAAGAAGUAUCAAAGAUAGCAGUUAUAUAUUUACAAUAGAACAAAGCGAACUCGUCAGUAGGGGAAUGGAUAAAACCGCUGAAUGCAGGUCGCCGCAAGCUGGCCACAUGAAGUUUUUCGUGUUGCCUUCCUAAAUUGUCGGUCAGUUUCCAUGGAAAGUUCUCCCAGGCAUCCCUCAUUAACUGUAAUUCGAUUAACAACUUUAUUCCUCGAUACUGUAGUUCGAUUAACAACUUCAUUCCGUUACCUUAUCCUGUUAAACUAAGCAAUCAAAAGAAAAGUAAAAAAUAAAAAUAGAAGAUUCAAAGUGUACUUUCUGUAUAAUAAGUCUUAAGCUUUAUGUAAAUUGUAUUUGGCGACCCCGAAAAAUUUUCUCGCGAUCCCCAGCGGGGUCGUGACCCGCGGUUCGCGCAGCACAUGUUUAAUUAAUGUACUUACCCAUUGGUGGGCUACACAACU